AGAGCCACCAUUCAAUCCAAACCAAAAUGGCGACUUGUUGUUUGUUGUCCUAAAUCGGGCCCGUCCCGUAUCUCCGCGGCUCUUUCAUUCGACCCAGGCCAGCGCGUUUCCCGGAGGGCAUGCUUUUUUUUUUUUUCUUUCAGAGCGUAACCGAUAUGCAUCGCGACCACAUUAGCAACCACAGUGCGUGAGGGCACAGCCAUGCAGAACGCGGAUCAGAAGGCGGCCAAGCCACCGCCAACGAGGCUCCGACCCGUGGCCGUCGUCCUGCGCUGAAGUCGCCCGUCGGACAAGACCGAAAGCCUGCGGCCAACGGCGAGCGAAAAGACGGACCAUGUUUUCGUACGCGUACCGAAUACGGUGUCUGCAGAAACUGCAUUCGGAAGCGUUCAUGGGCCUGAAUGCGGUGUGUUUGCCGGACUGCCUCCCGGCGGGCGCCGUGUACCGGUCCAGCCUGCCCGCCACUCCGGUGUCCACGCCGAUCCGAGAGAGCUGGAUCUUCUCCGAGCAGCAGCUGCGCGAGCGGCUCUGCAAGACCCCUUCCCCUAGAAAGUGUCGCUUUUUCGACCCCAGGCGCUCCGAGUCCGGCCUGAACAGCUUCGAGAAUGAGUGGAUCGAGUCCGCCGCGGCUCGGCGCACGAUGGAGCCCGCCCUCGAAGACGACAAGUCCGACGAGACGAGUCCCGAGGACGCGGACAGCGUCAAGGAGAACGAAGUCUUCUACCAGAAGAAGCUCUUCGUCGGAAACAUUAGCUACCGGGUUACGAAGCGGCAACUGCGUGAUUUCCUCAGCAAGUUUGGAAAAGUCGUGGACUGUACCAUAGUACAGGACCACGUGAAGCACUGGCCCAAAGGGUACGGGUUUGUGACAUUUUCCAAGGUUGAAGAGGCCGACAAAGCCAGAAAUUCGCCCGUCGGAGAAUUGGAACUUGAUGGCAGGCAGCUGCGACUACUACCUGCCAACAAGACGAGAAUCUCCAAAAUUCGUCAGGAUGCCAAAGCCGUUCAAGACCGGAAGGCUCUUGCCAGCGAGCUGGACGGGGAUGAGGGGGAUGAGGAGGACUCGACGCCGGCAACACCUCCGCCCUCUCCGCGGCGGAGUGUGGACCACGUGGAAGAGCUGCCCGACGACAUCCUGCUGCUGGUCAUGGGGCUGCUGGAUCUCCGGUCGAGGAUCCGCGUGGAACGAGUGUGCCAACGCUGGCGUCGCCUGGCUCUGCGGCUCUGGAGGUCGCAGGACAGGCUGAGCUUCGAGGGUGUCUUCUCAGUGAGCCAGGGGAACCCACUGACAGUGGACAUCCUGCGUGCCCUGCUGGUGCGCUGCGGCGAGUCCCUGAAGAGCCUGAACCUCCAGUCGGCGUCCCACGUCUUGGACUACAGGGCGGCGGAGGCCAUCAGCAUGCUGUGCCCCAACCUGGAGUGCCUGGAUGUAUCUGGUGUGCAGCUGACCAAUGUGGGCGUGCAGCAGUUGGCUCAGAAGUGCCCCAAACUGAAGACGGUGUUGAUGAAGAGGUGCUUAGAGGUUGGAGAGAAAGGGCUGUGGUGGCUGCUCCAUCUGUGCAAGCAUCUGGAGCACUUGGACCUGACUGAGGUGUACAAGCUCAGUGGCCAGUGCUUCCACAUGGCGGGUGCUCGUCUGCGGAAGCUGGUGCUGCGGGGCUGCUCGGGGGUGACCUCUACGGGGCUCACCAAGGUGGCCACCAAGUGCCGCCUGCUGGCCGAGCUCUCUGUCAGCGACUGUCUCCAGAUCACUGACCACGACGUGCUCCUGCUCUGCCAGAAUCUGAGGGCUCUCCGUGUGCUGCAUCUGGCCGGGUCGUUUCUCAACCUGACGAACGAAGGCAUUUGUGCUGUGUCUGGCCUUCCUCUCCUGGAGGAACUAGACCUGAGCCAGAACAAGGCAGUCACAGACGUUGCCAUUGGUGCCAUCUGCCGGUGCUGCACUAAGCUCAGGUCCCUGAACAUCAGUGGCUGCCAUCUUGGAAUCACGGACAAGUCCUGCGGCCACCUGUCGAGGAGUCCGUGGCUGAGGGACCUCAAGAUGAGCUAUCUCGGCCAGGUCACGGACUCUGGCCUGGGGACCUUGGCGUGCCACGGCCAGCUGAAGAGCAUCGAGCUCCGGGGCUGUCCCCAAGUCAGCGACACAGGAGUGCUGAUGCUCGUGGAGCUUUGCCGAGAGUUGGAGUUGCUGGACGUGAGCGGCUGCGACCUUGUCACCAACGAGGCCGUGACUGGCUGCCUGAGCAUCGUAACGGAGCGGCCCCACAAGCUGACACUUGUCGUCGGAGGAACCAGCGUAGAGCUUGAGCGCCUUCCCCUCGGGCCGAGCAAGGGGUUGGACAUCAGCCGCUUCAGCCGCUGUGUGGAGCACCUUCGUCCAGACAGGAUGGAGCGCUUUGGGAUACACGAAGACGUGUUCAUGGAAGGAGAGGACGGCUUCGAUGGCUACGAAGGGGACGGGGAGAACCACGUCGCCCGGGAGUUUGAGGACUUUCUGGAGAAUGACGACGUGCUCAUGAAGGAAGCCUACGAACUGUCUUGAACAGCCCACCCUCCCCUCCCGACGGGAAUGUUGGAGCUUGUUUUGGUGUGCUUUGUACAUAGUUUGGAAGUGAUGGGUCGGCAUGCUUGCUAGUUUGUUUUGACCUCUUUGUUUUCUUCACCUUUAGUCAGAGGAGCUGCCCCCGCCCCUUUCGUCCCCCUUAGGCAUUACGUCGACGCCAAAUAGCCGCAGAGUUGCCACGUUCUUCGUGUCGUCGCACCCCAAAACCACACUAGUUUUAGAGAGUCUGUUUUACGAGAAGUUGGCAGAAGGAAUUGGGUCGGCUCCACGAGGCAAUACUUUUCCCGCAAAUUCGGGAGACGCGACAAUGGCGUCCGAUGCGUCGACACUCGGCCAUAACAUGGUUUUUUUUGCUGCUUUUCAGAAGGUUGCACCGAAACAAAUUAGGCAUAGCCCACAACUGCGUCAAAUAUGGAUGCAAAAGGUAACAAAACCCAAGGCUAGCUCUCUGCCUCUAAAUAGAAAGUUGUCGGAAGAAUGGCGCCAUGAAAGAGUCAGUUUGCUUGAAUGUAGAACUGAGCGAUCGAUUGAUUGCAAAAUCUGAGCUCUGGUGGUCCGAUCUGCCACAGCUCUGCAUCACAUUUCUGUAUUUGCGGGCAAAGUUGGGUUGCGUGAAAACAGUUGGAGCUGGAGCAUGUGGAUCGUUGUUUCUUUCCAACUGCUGGCUGUUAUUGCAACCACAGUUUCUUUGUUUGCUUGUAUAAACCUGCAUGUACCUGCAACAUAAAGUUACCAAAGUCCGGGGGACCACAACAUCAAAUUUGGAACUGUAAAUUUGGUCAAAAUGUGAGGUUAUGAAACAAGUCGGCAGGUAUUGAAAGUGAUAAUAAAAACCUACGUUAGAAAUAGACUGGCAAAGGGCUAUGCAAGCCAAUUUAAUAUUCUUUCUGACCAUUUUGUAGAAUGUGUGGUAAUGAAUAUAUUUACAAUUUAUAAUUUGCACCCACUCCUUAUCUCAGAUUGCUUGCAAAAUGGGGGAGUCAUUAGAAUGCAUUCGAGGUAAUCGAAGGUUUGGUGCCUUUCAUCAAAAUGAAUGAAAAACAUGCACGGGUGGACAGCUGGUGCCUUCCCAAUCAACCAAAGACUUCAAGUGCCCUCAUUUGAUGCCUCGGGAGUGCUUAUGAAGUGCACUGAACCCAAAAGGCAGAAUUGCCGGCUUAUUUCACAAUCUCCUUUAGGCACUGUGUGCUCGUGCAGGUAUUUCUUUUAAAUCCUCAGCAUAUUCCUCUUAAAAGCAUUUAGCUAUAUUCCGAGUGUUCUUGGUGAUUUGCUUCGGCUAUUCUUGGACGCACAUGAUCCUGUUGCCUCCGUAGUAACUCUUUGGACAGUGUAUACUGCAACAGUCGGCAACGCUGAAACCACAGUUGAACACGCUCCAGCCGAGAACCAAACCGACCACCACGCUUCGUGACGAUGUGUCUAGCUCCCACUUUUUCCCGCCAGCGAGAUUGUUUCGGACGUCGAGUGCCCUGGCUGGCUUCAUGGCCCUGCGAUACAAGCUUCCUGGCUUGCUGAACCUCCGAGUUACCGGUCACCGUCGACCGUUGUUGGCUGCUAUUGCACAGUGCUCUAUUUUUCUCUCCCCGUUGUUUGAGGCGAACUCAGAUACGGAAAAUAUAGCAAAUAAGGACGGCCAACCAGCUUGUCCUACGUUGA